UGCAGUCGCUGCUCGUGCCCCUAAAUUAUGCAAAUGUUUUUUAGCAACCUGUUUUAUUCCACUACCAUCGCUGGAUUUUGAAGUUACUGAUCAGGAAGAUCUCAUCCGGUAGCUAAUUGAAUUUCUCUAGUAACUCGAUUUCGGUCCAGUUCUCAAACCCCACAGUUACGUCAGAUGUGUUCGUAUCCCCAACUCACACUGUGAUACAAUCAUGAGUGAUUGUAUGUGUCGCACUGUGGAAGACCUGAAACAAUUUUGCACAACACGUGCUCUUGCCUGGCCAUGCAUGUUUGCGAAGCUAGUAUUCAUCUACCUUAGCAGCUGCGGCAGUAACGCAAAAGUUUCAGACCGUUCCCCUGGAACUGGUGCUGGAUAAGUGAGGAAAGGGAUGAUGGGUAUCAUGAAGUGUGUGUUGUGUUGAUUGUGAAAUGUAAGUUAGGAUGUCCGCUAUGGUUAUGAGGGAAGCCAACUCGUUUCGAUGGUUCCAUGUGAAGGGCCCGCCGUGCCCAUGAUUGCUCAAGCGUCAAUGAAGUAGUGGAUGGCGAGAGUUACUAGAGACGGAAGCAGCGGGGGAGGAGAGCAGUGGGCGGGAAUGGGUAAGGAGACUCAAGGAGAGCCCGACAGACGUUGCUGCUCCCUCGGAGCACAAGAAAACGUGGAGACGAUACACCACUAUUAGUUUUGCAUUCAUCCCUUACUGUCCUUUCAAUGCUUCCAAUUGGUCUAUGCCCCUCCUCCACUUCUUUCCUCUCCAAAUUUGACCCCCGUCUGACCGAUAUCGGAUCUCUCCAUUUUCCUGUUCCAACGACUUCUUGAUCUUUAGAUCCCCAGCUCUUCUUGUUGUCCUCUCCUCCAAUCUCAGAUUCUCUUGCAGUUAGACUCAGGGUUGCAUCUUGUAUUUAUUUUUCGGCGCCUCGAAUUGUCUUCGCGUUUUCCGUGCCAGCAACAUCUGGCUACGGCUGUAGAGUUUUGGCAAAUGUUUUUUCGGACGUUUUGAGAUCCUGCGCAGUGUGCUUAAACAUGCGCGAUUCUGCGAUAUGUGUGUUUGGAAUAAGAGAAGUUGCACGAGUUCUUGGUGAAGCUCUUAUUACAGUCCUCGCCGGACUCGUAUUAUCUGUGUUCGUAGUUGCUUUAAGUGAAGGCUUUCAGGAAAGUUUUGGGAUCUCAGCAAACAAGAGAAGUUCCUUGUGUGUCCUGUCUUAAAACGUCGCAUUCGUCAUCUGCAAAGGGCAACAACGUCUCUUUUCUCUGUAAUGAAGAUCUGUAGCAUGGUUUAGUCUGUGUCUGCGGUGUGGGUGUUGAAUUGUAGCAACUUGGAAGUCCUCGUGCAAGGCAGCGUGUCGCUAGCAGUUUCUCGAUUGUCUUUCCCAGUCCGCUCCACAUUCAUUGUUCUAUGGUCCAAUGUGCCCUAGCACCGUGAAACUCGGCACUUGAAUGCAGAGGACUCUUCUGUGUUGGCGGAUGCCAAAGAUCGUACGUUUUUCCCAACCCUAAUGUAAAGGUUGAAAAAGGUAUGCAGAUAUAUGAGUGGCUAAUUGUCAAUUCCUCAAACUUACCAGGGGUGUUCAGAGAUCUUGGAAAAGCCUUACACAACUUCUUGCAUGUGAAGUUCAUCAAAGCAGAAGCAGUUUAUCUAAUUCAACUGUCAUGCGACGGCUACAACCUUUGAGUUUCUUAACUUACUGCAGAUGUUGUAGUUGAAGUUGACAUCGUGUGGGAGAGGAACAGAACAUGAUGAAACAAUGAAGGCCGUCACUGGUCAUCCAUUCAAGGCUGAAAGCAUGUUCUUAUACAUGGCUGCUGUGUAUUUCUGCACGCAGCUGAAUUUAGGGCAAAUGCGUAUCAACGAUAGAACUCAUUGGAAUUGAGGAAGGUCUAGCAUAUCUGACUCCAAACAGUUGGCUCGCAUGAUUAUAGAUGUCGUACAGCCUCUAAUCGUGUUCAGGAUGGCACAUUUCGUGCGCCAAAGCUUGCACAUUGCCCAAGUUUACCAAAACCUCAACCGGAGAUAAGUCACUACGAAGUGAUUUUGGGUUUCGAUCAGACACCUUCGUACUACUGGAGCAAUACUUGGAGUUCAAUGGAUACAAAGACUCCGUGGCAAAUGAGUUCUAAUGCGCUGUGUGACCAACGCCCUGAGAAUCUGGCUGUGGAUGAACUUCUUGGUUCUCGAUGCAGUCUGAAACCUCCAGGUUUGCGAGCGUUAGCGGCUGAACGAACUUUCAACGUGAACUCGGGUGUGAUAGGUAUUACUUCCGAAUAUGCCACUGGAGCGGAGCUUGAACUGGAGUGGCAGUUGAUUGCGGGCUCCGUACCUAAAUCUGGGCUAUCUGCCUCGUUUCGAGCAGCAGAGACCAAGAAUGAAUUCCUUAGGAAAAAUGCACGUGUAGAGGAAAAAGAUGUUCCAGGCGGAGCAGCCACAAGAAAAAGUAAGAGUCUCAAGGAGUCGCAAAUGAUGAAAGUUUUUCGAGAAUCCGUAGAAAUCUGCCGGAGCCCCACAACAGAAGACUUGGAGGGAUUGACGAGUAAGCAUUAUAUUGAGGACAGUAUGGAGAAACUCCAACAGACGAUGGACAAAUGUUCAUAUGGAUCGAACUCACUCUGCUUUACAGGCGAUGCCUCGCCCUCAACAAUAACGAGCACCAUGUCCUGGAGGACUGCCAAUAAAGAGGCGUUGGCUGCUUUAGUUGCCCAGAAAACGAAAGAGACAUUAGAGAAUUGCGACCUUCCAACUCCUCUGUCACGAUCUAUUCUAAAGAGGCCUCUGGAGAGUUUCGACUUGAGAGUGAUGGGUGCUAAAUCAGAAUCUACGGAAACAUCUGAUAGGAAUGUGGUGGAUUCUGUUCUGCAUGUUCGUGAACCAACCCCAUUAGCAAAUCUUGGCCCAGCAGCUUCUUCUGAUGUUGUCGAGAAAACUGAAUCCAGCUCGUCGGCAGUUCAAUCCGCAAGGAUGACACUCCCCCUUACUAUUCCAACCAGAGGUCAAGCCUCAGCUUUUCAUAGCGGUUACCAGAGCUCCAGUUUUGCCGAAAAUAAACAUGCAUGCUGGAUGGGUGGGGAUAAAGUGAUGAGCACCAGCAGCCUUGGUAGGAGCUCAGGUCCACUGGGUGAAGCGCUGUGUCAUUCCCAAAGUCGAGCAAGAGAGGCUGAGAAACGAGCUGAAGAAAAUUUUCAAGAGUAUCAGAAAGUCGCCCACCUGCUCUUUCGGGAGGCAUCGCUUUCACUAACAUACAGGCAAUUGGUGAGUUCACUUCAAGCUGAGAAUGCUUGUUUGAGAGUGUAUUUACACCGGCACCAACAGGCAACAGUGCUGCUUCAUCAAAGCGAUUUUUCUCCAUUUUCAGUUCUGGACCGGUUUGCAUACUACAGGUGGAACCUGUACGGAAGAGAUGAUGGUAGAAGGCAAAUGAGCGAUCCUUUUCCUUUGUUGUGGCCUGCAGAGAAGGAUAAAGCAGGGAGUUUUGUAAUGACUAGAGAAGGUGGUACAGAGAUGAUAAUGAGUUGUACAUUGAGUUUUGCCUUUGCUUUAGGUUUGAGUCUUGCAGGAGCAGGUUUGAUGUUGGGGUGGAGCAUGGGAUGGAUUCUACUGGCAUUUUGAACCACAUGAUCGGUUCAUUUGCUCAACCUCCCAUUUCACUUACUGCUUGAGUGAAGGAAUGGGAAGUACAGACAAUUGCUUGUGAAACACUAUGUCCUUGUCAAUUCUUCUUCAAAGACAUCUCAUGCCAACUGCAGAUGUCCACAACUUAGAAAGUCAAAUGAAACGAGUGGGUCUCGCGGCUCAUGGCAAAAAUUAUAAUCA